GUUACGGGGCUUCGAGCGCGGGCCACGUCUUUCCCUCUGCUUAGUCUCGGUGGGCCGCGCUGGGACGGCCCGCCGGCCUCAGCCCUGCGCCGAGGCCUCCGCAGCUGCCCUCCGGCCGGCCGCAGGCAACUCGAUGGUGAGAGAAGAGAAGAUGUCUGUGCGAAACCGGCUGUCAAAGUCCAGUGAAAAUCAUGAGCAAGAUGAAGACCAGAGAAGUUACACAAAAGAGUUCCAGGAGUCACAUAGAAAUGGUCGAAUUGAUAUGAAACAGUUGAUAGCAAAGAAGAGACUGUUAGCAGCAGAGGCAGAGAUAUUGAAGCCACUUUUCCUGAAGGAAGUUGGUAGUCACUUUGAUGAUUUUGUGACCAAUCUCAUUGAAAAAUCUGCAUCGCUGGACAAUGGUGGGUGUGCUAUCACAACUUUUUCCAUUCUUGAAGAAAUGAAAAGCAGCCAUAGAGCUAAAGAUCUGAGAGCACCUCCGGAACAAGGGAAGAUUUUUAUUGCACGGCGAUCUCUCUUAGACGAGCUGUUUGAAGUGGACCACAUCAGAACGAUUUAUCACAUGUUCAUUGCCCUCCUCAUCAUCUUUAUCCUCAGCACACUUGUAGUAGAUUACAUUGAUGAAGGAAGACUCGUGCUUGAAUUCAAUCUCGUGGCUUAUGCUUUCGGCAAACUUCCUACUGUUAUUUGGACAUGGUGGGGCAUGUUCCUGUCUACACUUGCAAUUCCCUAUUUCCUGUUUCAACAUUGGGCCAAUGGCUACAGCAAGAGUUCUCACCCACUGAUCUAUUCUCUUCCUCAUGGCCUCCUUUUCAUACUCUUCCAGCUUGGAAUUCUAGGUUUUGCACCAACGUAUGUUGUAUUAACAUAUGCACUGCCACCAGCAUCCCGCUUCAUUGUUAUACUUGAGCAGAUUCGUUUGAUAAUGAAGGCCCAUUCCUUUGUCAGAGAGAAUGUGCCACGGGUACUGAAUGCAGCCAAGGAAAAAUCAAGCACGGUUCCAAUACCCACAGUCAACCAGUACUUGUACUUCUUGUUUGCUCCUACCCUUAUCUACCGUGACAGCUAUCCCAGAACUCCUUCUGUAAGAUGGGGUUAUGUUGCUAUGCAAUUUUUACAGGUGUUUGGUUGCCUGUUUUAUGUGUACUACAUCUUUGAAAGGCUCUGUGCCCCGUUAUUUCGGAAUAUCAAACAGGAGCCCUUCAGUGCCCGUGUUCUGGUCCUGUGUGUAUUUAAUUCCAUCUUGCCAGGUGUGCUGAUGCUGUUCCUUUCUUUUUUUGCCUUUUUGCACUGCUGGCUCAAUGCCUUUGCUGAGAUGUUACGCUUUGGAGACAGAAUGUUUUAUAAGGACUGGUGGAAUUCUACAUCAUACUCCAACUACUACAGGACCUGGAAUGUGGUAGUCCAUGACUGGCUCUAUUACUAUGCUUACAAGGACCUCCUCUGGUUUUUCUCGAAGAGGUUCAAAUCUGCCGCCAUGUUGGCUGUGUUUGCUUUGUCAGCUGUAGUGCAUGAAUAUGCCCUGGCUGUCUGCUUGAGCUAUUUCUACCCAGUGCUCUUCGUGCUCUUCAUGUUCUUUGGAAUGGCCUUUAACUUCAUUGUCAAUGAUAGUCGGAAAAGGCCAAUUUGGAACAUUAUGGUAUGGGCUUCCCUUUUCUUGGGCCAUGGAGUCAUUCUGUGCUUCUAUUCUCAAGAGUGGUAUGCACGUCAGCACUGUCCUCUGAAAAAUCCUACAUUUCUGGAUUAUGUCCGGCCUCGUUCCUGGACUUGCCGCUAUGUUUUUUAGAAGUGUGGACUUUGUUCUCUUCCUUGCCUCGGAAGAUUUGAUAUCCCGCCAGAUUUGGAGACAGCUGGUUCCAGUGAGGUUGUCUGUGGUACCUGGAUGACUCUUGCCUUUCCAGAUGGCUCACUCCGUUCCUAGCUCACCUGAAGCUGAGCUGCCAGAAAGUCACUUAGCUGGUUUUUGUUUUGUUUCCUUUGUGGGAGAAGAUUGAGUAAGAGCUGAGGUAAUGGUCAAUUUUGGUUGGGUCACCUCAGCUCCAGCCUUGAUAAUUAUCUUUUUUGUCCUUAAUUCCAUCCAGUCAGAGACUUAAUAUAUUUUCUUGGCCAUUGAAUUAGCCAAAACUUUUAUGAAGAACUCCUUUAAGUACCUCUGGUUUAGAACUUUUUUAUGCACACUAUUGAAAGAUGCUAUUUAAAUAUGCAAUUGGAAAAGAAAGAAAGAAUAUGAAGUAAUUUUGCUGUUUCUGGUAGAAAGCAGAAAAAUAUGUCCUUUCCAAAGAUGAUCUGUUUCUGCACUCUGCUUUGUAUUUUUUGUAGUUGAUAUUUUGUUUCGCUGUGGUGCCGGGGAUGGACCCCAGAGCCUCGUUCUGUGGCGGUGCUCUUCCACUGAGCCACACCCAUCCCCAGCCACUACGUUGUAGUUUCUCAAAAGUUUACUUCUGCUCAAGUUGUUUAUUAACUGCCUUUUACCUUGAAUUCUCGAGUUAUGCCACUAAUAAUAUAUAUUGAGGGAUCAUAAGUAGAAAGAGAAAAAUGAAAACAUUUCCUCUUAGAACUCCAACUCCAUAUGUAAUUUUUAAAAUAUUUUCUGAGCCAGUCAUGUGUUUUUAAUUAUUCUGUCAUAGAAGUUACAUGGAAGAAUAUUUGUCCCGAGGCAGGGUCUUGUAAUGUAGCCUAAGCUGGCCUUGAACUUGCUAUAUAGCCAUGCUGGCCUCGAACAUGUGAUAUUCCUCUUCCAAUCUCCUAGGUGCUAGGGUUCUAGGAAUGUACCACCACACCUGGCUAAAUUGUUUUUUUAACUUUAAGGUUAUAACUGCUUUGAAGCUAUUUAGAAGUAUUCUUGGUGCCAUUAUAAUUUUGUCUAAUAAAUAUUGACUUACUUUGUUAUUUUGCAGACUAGUGAGUCUAUAAUGUAAAUAAAUAUUAAUCACCUCCAUUGAUACUAAUGUGAUCAGUAAGAACCCAGAAGCUGGCUUCUGAAGCAUCUUCUCAAUUGCUGUACUUUUAACAGUAUAUUUAUAAAUGAAAUAAAUUAAUAUGUGGUCAUUUUCAAGGA